AAUUUAUUCCCGUUUUGACAGGCAAAAAACAACAUGGCUGAUAUAUUAGCAAAUUUACAAAAAGAAGGCAUUCAUAAGAAGAUUAUUUACCCUGGAAUUGGAGAAAUUCCACAGUAUUUGGACGGAACAAGGAUAACCUUUCAUUAUCAAACCACCAAAACAGAUGAAGACAAAACAGUUCUUGAUGACAGUCGAAAACAUAGCAAGCCAAUGGAGCUUAUUGUGGGCAAGAAGUUUAAACUGGAGGUCUGGGAGAUUUGUCUUAAAACAAUGAAAACCAAAGAAGUUUCUGAAUUUCUCUGUGAUACAAAGCAAACGGCUAUAUAUCCACUGGUAGCCAAGAGUCUGCGUAAGAUCCACAGUGACAAGCCGGACGAUCACAACCACGAAGAACAGCACUGCUGUGGUAUGAUGGCGCUCUCGGAACAUGGUCUGGGUCACGACGACCUCAACGAACUUAUGAAGAAACCACAGCCUCUCAUCUUUACACUCGAUGUAUUGAAGGUAGAGCUUCCCGGAGAGUUUGACAAGGAAGUGUGGACGAUGGACGAAGAUGAGAAGUUGUCUCAGGUUCCUGUCAUCAAACAGGAAGGAAAUCAACUGUACUUGCAGAAAAAAUACACGGACGCUGCCAAAAAAUACGCCACAGCCAUUGGAAUGCUAGAACAACUACUGCUUAAAGAGAAGCCCGGAGACGAGGACUACGUGAACCUAGAGAAGUUGAAGAUCCCACUGUUGUUGAACUACUCCCAGUGUAAACUUCUACAGAGUGAAUUCUACCCCGUCAUAGAGCACACCACAGAGGUCCUAAAACUGGAUCCAGACAACAUCAAAGCACUGUAUCGUAGAGCAAAAGCUCAUGUUGGUGCCUGGAACAUAGAGGAGGCUCGGGCAGACUUUGACAGAGUACUGGAACUUGAUCCGAAGUUGUCUUCUUCUGUAAAGCAGGAAAUGAAACAUCUAGAAGACAUUUUGAAAGAAAAAGAAAACCAAGAAAAGAAAUCUUUGAAAGGAAUGUUUAGUUGACUGUAUACGCUUUUAACUUAAAUUAUUGUUAUUC